AUUAGUUGAUGAAUUAUAUUGAGCUCUUUUAGAGAGAGUAUCUCUGUUUUCCUAUCUAUAGAUCUGGUAAUCUUAGGAUUCAACAAAGUAAUAGAAGAAUUGUCUUCAUUCGUUACAGGAGACUCGCGUCACAAGUCAAGGCUCAUUUAAAGGACACGAUAGCCUCCACAGCGCGCUAUUUUCAUCCUGUGGACAAGAAAAUGGUGGUCACAAGCAAUGUGGAAGAAGUUCAGGAACAAACCAAGCCUGAAUAUGAUCGGAAAAGUGAAUUAAAGGCUUUUGAUGACACAAAAACCGGCGUAAAAGGUCUCGUAGAUGCAGGGGUGACGAAAAUCCCGCGCAUAUUCAUCCAUGACAAAAGCCAGCUUAAUGACAUAUCGACGACAAGCUCUGUUGCCCCCCUGUUUAGUGUUCCAAUCAUUGAUUUCGAAGGCGUAGACAAAGGUUCAGCUCAACGCGCUGGAAUCAUCAAAAAAGUUAGAGAUGCCUGUGAGCAGUUCGGAUUUUUUCAGGUAGUGAAUCAUGGAAUUGCCAAGUACGUUAUGGAUGAUAUGAUCAACGGGGUUCGGAGGUUUCAUGAGCAAGAUACUGAGGUGAAGAAGGGAUUCUAUACGCGAGAUCUUACGAGGAAGUUUGGAUAUGUUAGCAACUUUGAUCUGUAUACAGGGCCGGCUACUAAUUGGAGGGACACCAUUACUUGUAUUAUGGCUCCUCAGCCUCCUGAUCCUCAAGAGCUGCCUGCAGUAUGCAGAGAUAUACUGAUAGAGUAUUCGAAGCACGUGAUGAGAUUAGGACUGGUGCUCUUUGAAUUACUCUCAGAAGCCUUGGGCAUUAACCCAAAUCACCUUAAAGACAUGGAUUGCGCCGAGGGGCUUUUUGUUCUGGGUCAUUACUACCCGGCAUGCCCUGAACCAGACCUGACUUUUGGUAGCAGCAACCAUGCGGACAACAGCUUCUUUACCAUACUUCUACAAGACCAAAUGGGUGGCCUCCAAAUCCUCCAUGAGAAUCAAUGGGUUGAUGUGCCUCCUCAGCGUGGAGCUCUAGUCGUAAACGUUGCUGAUCUACUGCAGCUCAUCACAAAUGACAAAUUCAAAAGCGUCAACCACAGAGUGCUAGCGAAACACGCUGGUCCAAGAAUUUCGGUGGCGAGUUUUUUCAGGACCCAUUUUCGUGAUGGGGUUACAACGAGAGUGUAUGGUCCAAUCGAAGAACUACUGUCGGAAGAAAAUCCCCCGGUGUACAGGGGGACAACCGUUAAGGAAUACAUCACACAGUACAAUAAGAAAGGGCUUGAUGGAACCUCUACACUGUCCCAUUUCAAGUUGUGCAAGUAGCUCAUGAUAUUCUUGGUUUGGUCAUUUAGCCACAUGCCUUGUGUCAUUAAUCCAGAACUCAGGUUGCCUCUGCCUGCGGCUCUCUGGUCUUUUCUUAUUCGCCUCUGCCCUGCAACUCUAUACUCUUUCCGUACCCUGAACGUUAUGUUUUGUUGAGCAUGUGAUUCUGAUGCCACAACCUUGUAAACUUGUUAUUGUAAUGAACAUGUUGAAAUUCGACAUUGCCGACUCCCAAUCUGUGAUGUGUCCUAGGUAAAGAAUAGUGUUUGUCAAACCUAUCUGAUUUGUGCCAGUCAGUGGUUUGUGUUGUAAAAGUUUUCUUAAUUAUUAUAAGAGAAUGAUAAAGUGGGUGAA